AAUGGCCUCCUCCGAAGGUGGAAGUUCUUACAAACGAAUGAAAACAUCUAAUGCAGAAAGGGAUCUAGAUUGUUCUAAUGCCUCCAGAGGUGUCUGGUUGGUUAAGGUUCCGAAAUAUAUUUCAUCACUUUGGGAAAAAGCUCCUCCUACCAGUGAAGCUGGACGAUUAAAGAUAACCAGAAAUGGUAACAAUAAGACAGAUAUUAAGUUUUCUUUGUCGGACGGACUGUUAAAAUCACCAGAUGGUGUAGUGAAGACUGACAUACCCAAAGAACAUCGUUUUGUAAUAUCUAAUAUUGCUCAUCAAACAUUAGCAGUUUUUGGUCCUGAAAAUGGAGAUUCUGGUGGAUCAAAUGAUACUUCAGGUAAGCUCGUACUUGGUGGCCAUGUGCUACAAAAAGGGGAAUGCCGACCAUUGGCAGAUCAGCGCUAUAUGAACUUAAAAAGGGAAUCCAUUCUAAAGGCCAGUCAGCCUGAAAGACAAGUUAAACAAUUGGCAAAAGCUGUUCAAAGUUUCAAACCAAUAUCUGAUCACAAACACAAUAUUGAAUAUGAGCAAAAGAAGAAAGCUGAAGGCAGGAAAGCACGUGAUGACAAAGAUAAAGUUAUGGAGAUGCUGUUUGCUGCAUUUGAGAAACAUCAGUAUUAUAACAUUAAAGAUUUAGAAAAGAUUACCAAGCAGCCCGUUCCCUACUUAAAAGAAAUACUGAAAGAAAUUUGCAACUACAAUGCAAAGAAUCCUCACAAGAGUACAUGGGAGUUGAAACCUGAGUAUAGGCAUUAUAAAGGUGAUAAUGCUGAAUGAAUGUAUAUAAAACCUGUUUUGUAUAUAUAUAGUUAUUUUUAAAUAAAUGAAGU